UCUGCUUUUCUUCCGUUUACACCCUGGAGAAAGUGGGAAUAAUGCACCACCACCAGCAGCAGGAGCGGCACCCAGAAGAGGCAAACUAUGCAAGUAGUACCAGAAUUCCUCUCCCUAGUGACGGACCAACUAUUCAGUCAAACAGUUCAGCGCCAUCCAAGCAAACUGUUCUGUCUUGGCAAGCUGCAAUUGAUGCUGCUAGACAAGCCAAGGCUGCCCAAACUAUGAGCACCACCACAGCCCAACCUGUAGGAUCUCUGUCCCAAAGAAAACGCCAGCAAUAUGCCAAGAGCAAAAAACAGGGUAAUACAUCUAACAGUCGGCCACCCCGGGCCCUUUUCUGUUUAUCCCUCAAUAACCCAAUACGAAGAGCCUGCAUUAGUCUAGUAGAAUGGAAACCAUUUGACAUAUUUAUACUACUGGCUAUUUUUGCCAAUUGUGUGGCCUUAGCUGUUUACAUCCCAUUCCCAGAAGAUGAUUCUAAUUCAACUAAUCAUAACUUGGAAAAAGUGGAAUAUGCCUUCCUGAUUAUUUUUACAAUUGAAACAUUUUUGAAGAUUAUAGCAUAUGGAUUAUUAUUACACCCCAAUGCAUACGUUAGAAAUGGAUGGAAUUUACUGGAUUUUGUAAUAGUAGUAGUAGGAUUGUUUAGUGUAAUUUUGGAACAAUUAACCAAAGAAACAGAAGGAGGUAGCCACUCAGGUGGCAAACCAGGUGGCUUUGAUGUCAAAGCCCUAAGAGCCUUUCGUGUGUUGCGACCUCUCCGGCUUGUAUCAGGAGUGCCCAGUUUACAAGUUGUCCUGAACUCCAUUAUAAAAGCCAUGGUUCCCCUGCUCCAUAUUGCCCUUUUGGUAUUGUUUGUAAUCAUAAUCUAUGCUAUUAUAGGAUUGGAACUUUUUAUUGGAAAAAUGCACAAAUCAUGUUUUCUUGUUGAUUCAGAUAUAUUAGUUGAAGAUGAUCCAGCACCUUGUGCAUUCUCAGGGAAUGGACGUCAGUGUGCCAUAAAUGGCACUGAAUGUAGGGGCGGCUGGGUCGGACCAAAUGGAGGCAUAACCAACUUUGACAAUUUUGCCUUUGCGAUGUUAACUGUGUUCCAGUGCAUAACCAUGGAAGGAUGGACUGAUGUGUUGUACUGGGUAAAUGAUGCAAUAGGAUGUGAAUGGCCAUGGAUCUAUUUUGUUAGUCUUAUCAUCCUUGGCUCAUUUUUCGUACUUAACCUGGUUCUUGGUGUACUUAGUGGGGAAUUUUCCAAGGAAAGAGAAAAAGCCAAAGCCCGAGGGGACUUUCAGAAGCUGCGUGAAAAGCAGCAGCUUGAAGAGGAUCUGAAGGGAUAUUUAGAUUGGAUUACACAGGCAGAAGACAUUGACCCUGAGAAUGAGGAGGAGGGUGAUGAAGAAGGCAAACGGAACAGGGUUACAUUGGACGACUUAAUGGAAAAGAAGAAAGGCAGAUUUAGCUGCUUUAGCAGUUCUUCCAAUAAACAUGCAAGCAUGCCGACAAGUGAAACUGAAUCUGUGAACACUGAGAAUGUCAGCGGAGAAGGAGAGAGCCCAGCAUGCUGUGGCAGUCUGUGUCAAACUAUCUCAAAAUCCAAGUUCAGUCGACGCUGGCGUCGCUGGAACCGAUUCAGUCGAAGAAAAUGUAGAGCUGCAGUAAAAUCUGUCUCGUUUUAUUGGCUGGUUAUUGUCUUGGUCUUUCUGAACACAUUAACUAUCUCUUCUGAGCAUUACAAUCAACCUGACUGGCUGACACAGAUCCAAGAUAUUGCAAACAAAGUACUUCUGGCAUUAUUCACCUGUGAAAUGUUAAUAAAGAUGUACAGCUUGGGCCUACAGGCUUAUUUUGUAUCCCUCUUUAACCGUUUUGAUUGCUUCGUUGUUUGUGGUGGCAUUGUUGAAACCAUACUGGUGGAGUUGGAAAUUAUGUCACCCCUGGGAAUCUCAGUGUUCCGCUGUGUUCGUCUUCUACGUAUUUUUAAAGUGACAAGGCACUGGACAUCCCUGAGCAACUUGGUAGCAUCCUUGUUAAACUCAAUGAAGUCCAUUGCUUCACUGUUGCUUCUGCUUUUCCUCUUCAUCAUAAUCUUCUCAUUGCUUGGAAUGCAGCUGUUUGGAGGCAAAUUUAAUUUUGAUGAAACUCAAACAAAACGGAGCACCUUCGAUAAUUUUCCACAAGCUCUUUUAACUGUAUUCCAGAUUCUAACAGGUGAAGACUGGAAUGCUGUGAUGUAUGAUGGGAUUAUGGCAUAUGGUGGCCCAUCGUCAUCAGGAAUGGUCGUCUGUAUAUACUUCAUUAUCCUCUUCAUCUGUGGUAACUAUAUCUUGCUAAAUGUCUUUUUGGCCAUUGCUGUGGAUAACUUGGCAGAUGCGGAAAGCCUGAAUACAGCUCAGAAAGAAGAAGCAGAAGAAAAGCAGAGGAAAAAGAAUGCAAGAAAAGAGAGUCUGGAAAAUAAAAAAGGUGACAAAUCAGAAGGUGACCAAAAGAAGGCCAAGGAUAAUAAGAUUACAAUUGCUGAAUAUCGAGAAGGAGAAGAUGAGGACAAAGACCCCUAUCCACCUUGUGAUGUACCAGUAGGUGAAGAUGAGGAAGAUGAGGAAGAUGAACCAGAGGUACCAGUUGGCCCACGUCCCCGAAGAAUAUCUGAACUAAAUAUGAAGGAGAAGAUUACACCGAUUCCUGAAGGGAGCGCCUUCUUCAUUUUCAGCAGCACCAACCCAAUUCGAGUGGGAUGCCACAGGCUGAUCAACCACCACAUCUUUACAAACCUCAUCCUUGUCUUCAUCAUGCUCAGCAGUGUUUCCCUAGCGGCAGAAGACCCAAUUCGCAGUCACUCUUUUCGAAAUAACAUACUUGGUUACUUUGACUAUGCUUUCACAGCCAUCUUUACAGUUGAAAUCCUGUUAAAGAUGACAGCUUUUGGAGCAUUCCUUCACAAAGGGUCUUUCUGCAGGAAUUACUUCAAUUUGCUGGACUUGCUAGUUGUGGGUGUUUCUCUGGUGUCGUUUGGGAUUCAAUCAAGUGCUAUCUCAGUUGUGAAGAUUCUGAGAGUUUUAAGAGUCUUGAGGCCUCUAAGGGCAAUAAACAGAGCAAAAGGACUUAAGCAUGUUGUUCAGUGUGUCUUUGUUGCUAUUAGAACUAUUGGUAAUAUCAUGAUUGUCACAACUCUGCUCCAGUUCAUGUUCGCCUGUAUUGGUGUACAGCUUUUUAAGGGAAAAUUUUAUCGGUGCACUGAUGAAGCAAAACAGAAUCCUGAGGAUUGCCGGGGAAUAUUCAUUGUUUAUAAAGAUGGAGAUGUUGAUAACCCAAUGGUCAGAGAAAGAGUUUGGCAAAACAGUGAUUUCAACUUUGACAAUGUUCUGUCUGCUAUGAUGGCCCUUUUUACUGUGUCUACCUUUGAAGGCUGGCCUGCGCUGCUAUACAAAGCCAUAGACUCAAAUGCAGAGAAUAUAGGCCCUGUAUACAACUACAGAGUGGAGAUUUCCAUCUUCUUCAUCAUCUACAUCAUCAUCAUUGCCUUCUUUAUGAUGAACAUAUUUGUUGGUUUUGUCAUUGUUACAUUCCAAGAACAGGGAGAACAAGAGUAUAAGAACUGUGAGCUGGACAAAAAUCAGCGUCAGUGUGUGGAAUAUGCCUUGAAGGCACGUCCUCUGCGUAGAUACAUUCCAAAAAAUCCUUACCAAUACAAGUUCUGGUAUAUGGUGAACUCCACUGGAUUUGAGUACAUCAUGUUUGUCCUCAUCAUGCUGAACACACUUUGCUUGGCCAUGCAGCACUACGGACAGUCUAAGCUGUUUAAUGAUGCAAUGGACAUUCUGAAUAUGGUUUUCACAGGCGUGUUCACUGUUGAAAUGGUUUUGAAACUCAUUGCAUUCAAACCCAAGGGCUAUUUUAGUGAUGCCUGGAAUGCGUUUGACUCCCUCAUCGUUAUUGGCAGCAUAGUAGACGUCGUUCUCAGUGAAGCCGAUCCAAAGCCAACUGAAACUGUCACAACUGAUGAGUCUGGGAACUCUGAAGACAGCGCUAGAAUCUCCAUCACUUUUUUCCGUCUCUUCCGAGUAAUGCGAUUGGUGAAGCUUCUCAGCAGGGGUGAAGGAAUCAGAACAUUGUUGUGGACAUUUAUUAAGUCAUUUCAGGCUCUGCCAUAUGUUGCUCUUCUGAUAGCUAUGCUGUUUUUCAUCUAUGCUGUUAUCGGAAUGCAGGUAUUUGGUAAAGUUGCCAUGAGGGACAAUAAUCAAAUUAACAGAAACAACAAUUUUCAGACUUUUCCCCAAGCAGUCCUCCUUCUGUUCAGGUGUGCGACUGGAGAAGCGUGGCAGGAAAUCAUGCUAGCUUGUUUGCCUGGAAAACACUGUGAUCCAGAAUCUGAUUAUAGUCCAGAGGAAGAAUUCACAUGUGGAAGCAACUUUUCAAUUAUUUAUUUCAUCAGUUUUUAUAUGCUCUGUGCAUUUUUGAUUAUCAAUCUGUUUGUGGCCGUCAUCAUGGACAACUUUGAUUAUUUGACACGUGACUGGUCUAUUCUGGGUCCGCAUCAUUUGGAUGAAUUCAAAAGAAUAUGGUCAGAAUAUGAUCCUGAAGCAAAGGGAAGAAUAAAGCAUCUUGAUGUAGUUACGUUACUGCGACGCAUUCAGCCUCCCCUUGGUUUUGGCAAAUUAUGCCCCCACAGAGUGGCGUGCAAGAGGUUAGUAGCCAUGAACAUGCCUCUGAACAGUGACGGAACAGUCAUGUUCAAUGCUACAUUAUUUGCCUUGGUUAGAACUGCACUGAAGAUCAAAACAGAAGGUAACCUAGAACAGGCAAAUGAAGAACUUAGAGCAGUUAUAAAGAAAAUCUGGAAGAAAACCAGCAUGAAGCUCCUUGAUCAAGUUGUCCCUCCAGCUGGCGAUGAUGAGGUAACCGUGGGGAAGUUCUAUGCCACCUUCCUGAUACAGGACUACUUUAGGAAAUUCAAGAAACGCAAAGAACAAGGACUGGUGGGGAAAUAUCCGGCGAAGAACACCACAAUCGCUCUACAGGCAGGACUAAGAACCCUUCAUGACAUUGGCCCUGAAAUUCGUCGAGCUAUAUCCUGUGACUUGCAAGAUGAUGAACCUGAGGAAAAUAAUCACGAGGAAGAGGAAGAUAUAUAUAAAAGGAAUGGUGCCCUGUUUGGAAACCAUAUAAAUCAUGUUAGCAGUGAUAGGAGAGAUUCGUUUCAACAAAUCAAUACCACACACCGUCCCCUGCAUGUCCAACGGCCUUCAAUUCCAUCUGCAAGUGAUACUGAGAAAAAUAUGUACCACCAGGCCUCAAAUUCUGUAUUCCAUAACCAUCAUAAUCACAACUCAAUAGGAAAGCAUGUUCCAAACUCAACAAAUGCCAAUCUCAAUAAUGCCAAUAUGUCCAAAGUUGCUAAUGGAAGGCACCCAAACAUUGGAAACCAUGAACAUAGGUCCGAAAAUGGAUACCAUUCAUGCUCCAGGGCUGAUCAUGAGAGGCAUAGAAGAUCAAACAGUAAGAGAACACGCUAUUAUGAAACUUACAUUAGGUCAGACUCUGGUGAUGGGCAUCUACCAACUAUUUGCCGUGAAGAUCAUGAAGUUCGGGAUUACUGCAAUGAUGAUCAUUAUAUGGGAGAGCAGGAAUAUUUUAGUGGAGAAGAGUAUUAUGAAGAAGACUAUAUGUUGUCAGGAAGCAGGCAUACAUAUGACUAUCGCAACAGAUAUCACUGCAAUGACUUAGAUUUUGAGCGGCCAAAAGGUUACCAUCACCCACAUGGGUUUUUUGAGGAAGAUGAUUCACAGAUCUGUUAUGAUUCAAAAAGAUCCCCUAGGAGACGGUUGCUACCUCCAACACCUACAUCAAAUCGCCGCUCUUCCUUCAACUUUGAAUGCCUCCGCAGACAAAGCAGUCAAGAUGAGAUACCUCUCUCUCCUACUUUCCACCACCGCACUGCUUUACCACUGCAUUUAAUGCAACAACAGGUCAUGGCAGUUGCAGGUCUGGAUUCCAGUAAAGCUCACAAACAUUCACCAAGUCGUUCAACACGUUCCUGGGCCACCCCACCAGCUACCCCACCCAACCGGGACCGUACUCCAUAUUAUACACCUCUAAUCCAAGUUGACAGGGCUGAAUCUACAGAGCAGAUGAAUGGCAGCCUGCCUUCUCUGAAUAGGAGCUCCUGGUAUACAGAUGACCCUGAUAUUUCCUACCGAACAUUCACACCAGCCAAUCUAACUGUACCUAAUGACUUUAGACAUAAACAUAGUGACAAACAGAGAAGUGCAGACAGUUUGGUAGAAGCGGUACUUAUAUCUGAAGGCCUAGGGCGGUAUGCAAAGGACCCUAAAUUUGUUUCAGCUACUAAACAUGAGAUUGCUGAUGCUUGUGACAUGACUAUUGAUGAGAUGGAAAGCGCAGCAAGUAACCUUCUCAAUGGAAAUAUUAGCAAUGGGACCAAUGGGGAUAUGUUCCCCAUUUUAAGCAGGCAAGAUUAUGAACUUCAAGACUUUGGUCCUGGUUAUAGUGAUGAAGAACCAGACACUAGUAGAUAUGAAGAAGACUUAGCUGAUGAAAUGAUAUGCAUUACAACCUUAUAGUAUUUAGCAAGAAACAAAUAAAUAAUUUUUAAUAACAGAAAAAGUGCCUCAUAGUUCAAAGAUGAUAGGCACUAGUUGGAAUGAAUAACUAAUCAAGCUUUGUACAAGUGAUGUCACACCUCAAGGAAGCCAUAAUUUAUUUAUCAGGAAGUGUCUCCAGGUUGUUGAAAUGUGAUCACAGCUGUAGUACGUCAAGUCCUUUACCACAGAAUCUUCAUUUCCUCAGUAGGAAUAGAGUUAUGUAAAACCAAGCUGAUUCUGAAGAUCCCAUUUCCAGAGGACUAGAGGAGAGUUCUGAGGUGUAAUAUCUUGCCUGUCUUUCAAACUUGUGCUGCUGUCAUUCAUAGUGAAGCAAGAGUUUCUGAAUGAAAAAUGUGUGUAGGUCUAGCACAAAAAUAUGUGGUGAAGACCACUGUGUGAGACAGGUGAUGGCAAUCAAAAGUGUCAUUACCUCAGCAUUCAAUGACAUAUCAAACGUUCACUGCAUUCAGCAUAUCCGUUCUAACAUGGUUUUCAAACUUGCCUCCUGAUUUAUUUUUCUUAAUGCUCUUCAAAAAUAUGUCAAACUCUACCUACCAGAAAUCAUUGGAAAAAAGAACCUAAAAACAUUUCUGUCAUAUGUAACAUUAGUUUACAUAGGAAAAUAUCAUUCAGAUAGUCUGUUUUAUGACUAUCAUGUUAAGGGCAAAUUAUACUGGAAUAAUUGCAUUCUUACUAAUGCACUUGCAACCAGGUUAAAGUAGAAUUAGUUAAGAUAGUUUGUUAAAAAUUAUAUAGUAGAAAUUACUGUAAAUGAAUUGUAAUAUACAAUCAUUUGUAUUUGUAAAGAGAUGUUCUAUAUUUUGUAAUUAUUGUACCGUAAUUGAACUGCAGCAAUAUUUAUGAAACCUAAUUAUUGUAAUUCUCCGCAGAAUUCUAGAUAUAAGUAUUUUUACUUGGAAUAUAUAGAGCUAUAGGAUAAAUAUUUAACUAGAGUCCCCACUCAAUGUAAAUCACUUUUUGGGUAAAGUGUCAGGUUUAGAGAAACUUGACGAUAUUCAGAUUUUAUAAAAUAUUUUGAAUCAAUAAGAAUUUCUCUUUACAUAAGGGAUGCACAGAUGUCUAUUUUCAGUCUUAUAUUCAGAAAGUUAAAAGAAUGGAAGUGAUCUGCUAACAUUUUUGACUGACAAUAAGCUGUGAUCUUUUUAUUAUAAAUAUCCUCAAAGUAUAGAUAAAUACUAGGUCAUUUUUUUCAAUUAGUUAAGCCUUCAUUGAUCUUGAGACAUUUAUAAUUUUAUCACAACUAAACUGACCAAGUAGCCUAAUUCUAUAUUUGGAAUGUGGGGCAGAACAAAUUUUGCACGUGGAUGAAAAUGUCUUAAUUCCAAUCCUGUAUACUAAUUAUUCUGCUCAUAAUAAAAAACAAGAUAAAAGGACUCUCCAACAGAACCAAUCAGGUUCCCGAUAUGUAAAAAUACUACUUUACUGCCUCUCCUCUUUUGCUGUUCUAUAGGCAGAUUAUAUCCUUUAGAGGAUUUAUUUUUAUGCAAUUUAAAGAGGACUUAGGUUUUGUUCACAAUGCAGUAAAACCCUGAUAUGAAUUCCUGAUACAAAUACAAUUUUUGGGGGAAAUGUCAAAAUCUUCUAUUUUAUUAACACUGAAUAAAAUUGACUUGCACUGCCAAGUUACCUUAUCAGGGUUUACCUGUACUUAACAACAUAGGUAGCAAUUCAGUUCACAUUUUUAAAAUGUGACAUAUAAAACAUGUCAAUAAACAUUUUGUACAUAAUGAAAGUUUGCUAUGGAUACCUUACAGACCUCUUCUUGAAUCAUUCUUAUUUCAAAUGCCAGGAUAAUAACUUAAGGGUUUGUAAAUUAUUUCUUGAUCUACAUCAUUUUGUAUUAAAGCAAAUGCAAAAUGUUCUUCAGAAUAAA